AUGUCUUUUUUUAAUAUAAAUUCACGAACACGAACAUUAACAUUUAAGCCUAAAAAAAUUGAAGAAAACAAUAGGCGUUUUCAAUUGAAGGAAUAUACAAAAGCAACUCUUGGCUCAGGUUCACUUGCACGUGUUGUUCGUCUCCCAGAAGGCGAAGAUCUUAACGAAUGGCUUGCAGCCAAUACUGUUGACUUUUAUAAUCAAAUAAAUAUGCUCUAUGGGACAAUAACUGAGUUUUGUAUCAGUGAAACAUGCCCAAUGAUGUCUGCAGGAUCACAAUAUGAAUACUUAUGGCAAGAUUCUAGCAAAUAUAAAAAGCCGACAAAAAUGAGUGCACCUGAAUAUAUAGAAACGUUGCUUCAGUGGGUCCUUUCCUUUAUUGAUAAUGAAUCUGUAUUUCCAACAAAAAAUGGGUUUCCAUUCCCAAAAUCCUUUCCCUUGAUAAUUAGACAAAUUUACAAACGUCUUUUUCGAGUAUAUGCGCAUAUUUAUUGUCAUCAUUUUUCUGCUAUUAUAGCAUUAGGAGAAGAAGCUCACCUAAAUACAAGUUUUAAACAUUUUAUAUUCUUUGUUAAUGAAUUUAAUCUUAUUGAAAAAAAAGAGUAUGCACCACUUCAGGAACUUGUUGAUAGUUUUAUUACUAAUGGGAAAUAA